CAAACAAACUCCGAUCGAAUUGGCAAAACAUUACAAAAUGAAGUUGAUUAAUAUCCUUGUAGUCUCCUCUGCAUGCCUCACGUUGUGUUUGAGCACUCUAGUCUCGUCAAGUCUUCAACCCUACCAGGCAAUAUUCAACUUUGGCGACUCCCUCAGCGACACCGGAAAUUUCCUUCUCUCCGGUGCCCUUGCAUUUCCCGUCAUCGGAAAGCUCCCUUAUGGAGAGACCUUUUUUCAACACGCAACCGGUCGCUGCUCCGAUGGACGGCUUGUCGUCGAUUUCAUUGUUGAGGCAUUUGGGUUGCCACUUUUGCCACCCUACCUAGCACUGAACAAAACCCAAGAUAUUCAGCAUGGAGUGAACUUUGCUGUUGCUGGAGCCACUGCACUUGACCCAGAAUUCUUCUACCAAAGAAAAAUCGGACUAGCUAUGUGGACGAAUGACUCUUUGAGCACUCAGCUUGGUUGGUUCAAGAAGCUGAAGCCAUCACUUUGCAGCACCAAACAAGAGUGUGACAACUACUUCAAGAAGACUCUCUUUCUGGUGGGGGAGAUAGGUGGAAACGAUUACAAUUACGCUUUCUUUGUCGGUGGCAACAUUAAACAGCUCAAAGCUUCAGUACCAUAUGUUGUUGGAGCAAUUACUAACGCCACCAGUGCAUUGAUAGAAGAAGGAGCAGUGGAGUUGUUGGUGCCUGGAAACUUGCCAAUUGGGUGUUCAGCCGUAUAUUUGACUUUGUUUCAAACCCCUAACAGAUCUUAUUACGAUAAACGAAAUGGGUGUUUGAAGGCUUUCAAUACUUUCUCCAAAUACCAUAACAGUGAGCUCAAACGUGCCCUAGCAACACUGAGACAGAAAUACCCUCAUGUAAACAUAAUAUAUGCUGACUACUAUGGCGCAGCCAUGCCCUUUUUCCAUGCCCCUCAACAUUAUGGAUUCAAAAGUGGGACUCUGAGGGCAUGCUGUGGAGGAGGAGGACCAUACAAUUUCAAUAAUUCAGCAAGGUGUGGACACAUAGGAUCAACUGCCUGUAAAGAUCCAUCUUCCUAUGUAAACUGGGAUGGAAUUCACUUAACAGAAGCUGCUUAUCGCUACAUUGCCAAGGGCUUGAUCCAUGGCCAGUUUACAAAACCCAUUUAGCUUAUAUAUGAUUAGUUACUUCGUCUUGAUCGUGUACUUUGAUAAAUAAAAAACGAGACCUUUUUUUUU